AUGGCGGCCGGAGCGGUUUUUCUGGCAUUGUCUGCCCAGCUGCUCCAAGCCAGGCUGAUGAAGGAGGAGUCCUCUGUGGUGAGCUGGAGGUUGGGACCUGAAGAUGGCACAGCUCUCGAUGUGCAUUUUGUAAGCGCUUUGGGGCCACUAUCAAAUGCUGUGAAGAGAAAUGUACCCAGAUGUAUCAUUAUCCUUGUGCUGCGGGAGCCGGCUCCUUUCAGGAUUUCAGUCACAUCUUCCUGCUUUGUCCAGAACACAUUGACCAAGCUCCUGAAAGAUCGAAGGAAGAUGCAAACUGUGCAGUGUGCGACAGCCCGGGAGACCUCUUAGAUCAGUUCUUUUGUAUUACUUGUGGUCAGCACUAUCAUGGAAUGUGCCUGGAUAUAGCGGUUACUCCAUUAAAACGUGCAGGUUGGCAAUGUCCUGAGUGCAAAGUGUG